UUGCUGUUGUACACAGGUCUUUACGAACACGGAUUGGCAGUAAAAACAAAGCAGAUCAGACAGAGAAACAUACCUUUUCACGCUUCUCUUUCUUGGAGCGUCGAACAUUUCCAGUAGGUAUAUCUGGAAAGAGACAGAGUACAGCAAGAUCUGUGAAUGCGUCGCAGCUGUCUCUUUUCCGAGAACCUUGAGGUCGUAAGCAAAUCAACCAAUCAUAGGCCAGCAUUAGCUUAAAUUUGUUAGCAAGAAUAUAAUGCGCAACGGCCUUGAUCGGCACGUCGAGUGAUUUCGCGAAGAGAAGAAAAAGUUCCGCGACAGCGGCUAAAAGAGAAAAAAAUUCGACUUUAUUAAUAAUUUACUUCUAAAAAAACAGAAAAUUGGUCGCGAACUAGAUUUCGAGCAUCAGAGCUUUAAUGAUUUUUCGGUUUGUCACACUGGUUUAUAUUGUAAUCGCACCUUCUUCCGCCAGAUGUCUUCACGAUGUUUCCUCGGGAUGAGUGCUCGCCGACAUUGCCGACUGAACGGAGCGAAUUUUAGCGUUCGGUUCGCGCGGUUGUUGGUCGAUAUCGGGAGCUCGUAAACGCAGAAAAAGCACGGCGACGAUGACAGAGUGGAUGCGCGUUGGGCAGCGUCGGGUGACGUUUUGAAGUCGCGAGUGCUCGUUCGAUAAUAUACGCGUCUCGUACUCGUGUAUUUGCGACAGUACGCGACGUUUGGUCGUCGUCGCGCAGCGAACUGGAGAAUAUAUCCCCGUGUUUCCGCGGAAAAGAGACACGACGUGUGAUUUACUCCAAUUGGGAAAGGAAGCGACACGAGGGUGCUGUGCGAAAGAUCACAGCCCCGGUUCACCCCCCGGUUUAGGGACGUGUCGCGUGUGCGUGCGUGCGCGCGAGUGAUAUGCCGGGCCGGCAUCCCGUAGCCCGGCGAUACACGACAUUGUUCGUCUGAUGCAAUUGAUUCUUUUUUCACCUGACGCCCUGAGAGUCGAGCUCGCUCGUUGUCGUCGUCCGCUACUAUGUGCAUCACGCAUUAAUAGCGCGUAAUCGCCAUUCUUGCAAGCAUGUAUGCGCUGCAGAUACAAACCGCCUGCCAGGGCGAGAGCACUGGCGAACCUGAUGAUUCCAGCAGUCCCCAUCAGGAACCAGCGCGACCUGCUACGCAGGAUUGCAGUUCCUUCGACAUCGUCAGAGCCACACAGUACGGUUCGUUGGAACGAGUAACGGAGCUAGUGGAAGCCGGUGCCGAUGUGAAUCAGCCGGACUCGGAAACUGUGACACUGCUGCAUUGGGCCGCCAUAAACAAUCGCAAAGAUAUCGUUAAAUAUCUCAUCGCAAAGGGAGCUGAAGUCGAUGCUAUCGGCGGUGAAUUAGCUUCCACACCAUUGCAUUGGGCUACAAGACAAGGUUAUCUCGCCACGGUUGUGAUAUUGAUGAGGGCAGGUGCCGAUCCGACGCUGAAGGAUAACGAAGGAUUCUCAUGUAUACAUCUGGCAGCACAAUUCGGCCAUACGGCCAUCGUCGCUUAUUUGGUAGCAAAAGGAGUGAGUCCGAAUACUCCUGACAAAAACAGCAUGACGCCGCUUAUGUGGAGUGCUUAUAAAGUUAACAGUCUUUCUUUUUACAGUUUAGAUCCGACGCGACUGUUGUUGACUCUAGGUGCGUCGCAUUCGUACACCGAUGCCAUGUACGGUAACACAGCCCUGCAUUGGGCCAUCGUUGCAAAAAACAACACAGCGAUAUCCACGUUGGUGCAACACGGGGCUUCGUUAGACGUGCCCAAUUUCCGAAACGAGACGCCAAUGACACUUCUCGGCCCGCAUAUCGGUGCCGCAUGGCUAGGUUCUAGAAUCAGUCAGGAGAUUAGAGAGAAGCAAGGUCGCACGAGAACAUGGUGUAGAGAUAAGAGAAUCCGCUGGUAUUGUAUGGUGAUUACACCGUUCGUAGCGUUCUAUGUGAUUGGCAUGGUUCUGCAGAGUGGAUGGGAUUAUUUACUAAAACUAGGUGCCUUCUUCAUAUUUUACGUAGCAGUGUAUCUAAUGAACCAUUUCGUGUUCGACGAACGGUUAUUUCAUGUCUUACCGAUGUCAAUUUAUUUGGCAACCAAGAUGUGGAUAUAUAUCACAUGGAUAUUUUGGUUGGGUAUCCAUGCAGCGUGGUAUCUAUGGUUGUUGUUAGUCGGAGGAUCCGUUCCUCUCUGGAUAUGUUUCUUGCAGUCUUGGCGCGGUGAUCCCGGAGUUAUUACAGCUACUCACGAAGACAAAUUAAAUACAAUAAUUGAAUUGGCCGAAUCAGGUGGUUUUGAGCCACAAUGGUUUUGCAGUAGUUGUUUGGUCAGAAGACCUAUGAGAUCUAAACACUGCUCCACAUGUGAUCGUUGUAUAGCACGAUUCGAUCAUCAUUGUCCGUGGGUUAACAACUGUAUUGGUGCGCAUAAUCACAAGUAUUUUCUUGGAUUUCUUGCAUCUUUGCUGGGAUUGUGUAUGGUCAUUUUAUCUGCCAGUGUGCAGUAUUGGCAAUUUGAAUGUUGGUCGAACUUGACAAACGGUCAUAGCGCGGAUACCUAUUUGGUAGCUGCGGCUACGUGCGACGCUUGGGUGAUGUGGGUGGCGGCCAACACGUCCCUUCAUUCCUUCUGGGUCGGGACUCUAUUGGCGUGUCAGUGUUAUCAGAUUAUGGUGUUGGGAAUGACGACGAACGAACGAAUGAAUGCCGGCCGUUACAAACAUUUCAAACAAGGAAAUCCGUUUCACCGCGGUGCACUGCAGAAUUUUGCCGAUUUCUGUAAUUUUAGUUUUUGCGGGGUGAAGGCAAAACCUAGCUCAGAUUGGUUGCACAGUUUUGAUCUCAAACAAAGCAUCGAGAAGUUACCUUUGCUCGCGCAGAAAGACAAUUUUCAGUACGUUUAGAAUCUUUUGUAAGAACAUUGCAACAACGGGGACUAUGCAUGUUGCUGUCGCGGUCGUAAGAGGCUAAAUUGUACACACACGUCAUAUCACUUGCGUCUGAUGUUCGCUUGGUUUCUAUCUAAAACUUGCCGCGAACGUGUAAGUGACUUCCCAAGUAUGGCAGUAAUUGUGCAUAUAUAGACGCGAUUUUAGUCAAAUUACACUACGGUAAUUCUGAAUAACAAUUCUUCAACUUCAACAGUAUGAAGAGCUGUUAAAAUCUUAUGAUCGUACAUAUCCUGUACUUCACUUAAAGAUAGCUAUGAACGACGAUAUUAAACGGUGCACAAAUAUUUUAAUUCAUCACAGUUGACUCUUUGUUGCUCGGAUUAUUUGGCAAAACUUCAAAACUCUUUCUCUUGUGUUCCUAAUAAAUAAGUUAAAUAUACACAGAAAUCUCUGUAUUUUCGAAACUAUAAAAAAUAUAAGAAAAAACAAGUUUCGAUAUUGUGCAAUAUUGAUGUCGUAAAUUUUUUUAAAUAAAAAGACCCAGUCUCUGUAAUCUGAGAGUUGAGCACAAUAGAAGGUCAAUUAAUAUGAUUUUUUUUAGUGAUGAUUUUAAUUACGCAUUUAAUUACGCAAUUGUUUCUGUAUAUUUUUAGCACUAAGAUGUCUUUACCUGAUUACAAAAGUGCGUUUUGUAAAUAUUAUUUUGUUUAACAUGUACAUUAAUGCGUUUAAUAAUUUCACAUUUAAAGUCUGUGGCACACGAUGUUUUUUUUCAUGCUAGAUUGCACUAGAAGUAAUUAAUCGUGAUUCACACAAAAGAGUUGUCAUAUCGUGAUGCUUGCAUGCGAUAUAACACGAAAAGAAACAUUGUGUAUCCGAAGGCUUAAUUUCAAUAUCGCAAUCCACAGCAAGCACUUGGAGCUUGAAAGUAUAUGCUGUUCAGUAAAUAAAUUUAUAAACUAAAGCUCUAAUACCUCUUUAAUUAACACACAUACACAAACACUAUAUAAAAAGUUAUACUACUGUAUCAUUAUUUUUUCAUCACAAGUAACAAUAUAAGUAAAGUUUGAUGUGAUGGUGUGUAUUAUCAAAACGAUAAAUCCUCGCGAUAAAUUCACAUAAUAAUUCGCAAUUUUAAAUUUAAAAUACAUAUUUAUGUAAUAAUUACACAUAUAUUUAUUUAAUAAUCUUGAAAGUUCUUCAACACGCGAGAGAUUCAAAUUCAUAUAAAGCGUGCAAAUAAACUGAAUAAAGAGUGAUGUGGCCUAUAUGAUAUCUACAAAUGUAUAAAAAUUUAUGCAAACUAGAAUGUAUAAGAGAAAAUCAAAUGCUGUGCAGUAGAAUUAUAGCUGAGAGCAAAUAUUGCGUAACAGCUGUUUAUACAGUUUAGUCUAUUGUUCAUAUUUGUAUAAGAGAUUUUACCUGACUUAAGUGCCAUGUUAUGCUUCUUGGAAUGCAUUUAUAUGUGUGUACUCAACAUUAGAAGAUUUUGUUGAGAUCAACUCUAUUUGCAUCAGUUAUUGUUACGAUUAAAGUAUAUCGUAAUGAUGUACACACUCUCUUGCGGUCACAAAUCAAUAUUAUAAAUUAUAUGUAAUAUUUAUUUAAGAGGACUGUUAUAUCUCAUAUAUGAGAUAUAUCGAAUGUAUAUCUUAAGAAACAGUUAAGUUAUAAAAAAUUGCUUUUUAUAUGUUAAGCGAAGCGUUAAAUCUAAAAUAUAUUGUUACAGCGGGAAGAGGAGAAAAGACGGAAACAAAAAAAUGAUUUAAUGCGACUAAUCGCAUCAAGUAGUACGCUUUGUUUGUAUGUUUCCUAUUAUCUUCGAAUUAAUAAUUUUUUCAAAUUAUAUGUGUACAAAUAUCAGUGCAGAAAAAUUUAUAAAUCAAUGCUUGUACAUUCCAAAAUUAAUGACGACAUUUUAUAACGAAAAUGUUGUAGAUAAUGUCAAUUUUGUAUAAAAUUCUUAUGAAAACUUUUUCGAUUACGACGAAUAAGGUAAUUGAUGAUAAAAUAUUGCAAGUUUAAUAAUUUUUUAGAUGCACUCACACAGAAAUGGUCUUUCUAUAACAAAAAUAUUGAAAUUGUUACAUAGAACUCGUAAACUACAGAAGAAUAAAUUAUGAAAAUUUUUAAAUUUUAUUGAAAAUGAAAGAAAUGAUAUUAAAUUCGCAUAGUAAUUUCCGUGAGUGUGUAAACGCGCCAAUUGAACAAAGAUUAAAUAUUUUGCAUAAUUUAGUUUUGAUUUGACGAUUAAUGUGAACAAUGCGAUAUAUACAUAGUUUUAUCAUGUAUAGGAUCGUUCCGUUUAUACACGCAACUAUGUACUAAGUGAGCUCGCAGUGCGUUUUAUGACAAGAGAUUAUUUCAAUAUGCUGCUCAUUUAACUGUUAUAUAUUUGAUUUGACCUGUUUGUAAAUACUUAUAAAACUUUAGUUCAAUAUAUCGUAGAAUUUGUAGAGAACAAGAACUUGUAGGAAUCAUGUCUCUUCAAAAUCAUCGAUACAUGUUUUUAACUUUAAGUUCGAUUUAUCUUUAAUUUUUUUUCAUAUGAUUACUUUUUUGUACACAACGACAAAGGGACGGUUUGUGUAUGUGAAUUGUGUAUGAAAAACAUACAGAUAAUUUUAAUAUGAGGAUAUAUCUUAAAAAAAUAUAUAAUAAUUACACAAUUACUGCAAAACAAGUACUCCAUGUCAAUGUUGUUAGCACAGA